AAUGACUGUCAGAGUACAUGUGCGCCCUACCGAUCGUCAGAGUAUGCAGGGUACUGGGUUUGCUGGUCCCCCGCGGGGUGGAGGUUCGGGUGUGGCGUCGACGGGCGCUUGUCCGAAGAGAAGGCCAGGUCCAGGUGCCCAUGCCCGAACGAGGCAGGGGCCGCAACUGGCAGGGGACAGCGUCUGCGCGUUCGACAUGCGACACACUCGCUGAACCAUUUGACUGCUCGCACGCUGGUGCGCUUGCUCGGGUGCGUCCUGGUCUGCUGGCAUGCUCGCGUGCCAGUGAGCUUGUCCACAGUCCUUGGCUCAAGGCGCGAUGCUGUCCAUUCCUGCCCUGAGGGAACUCGAGGACCUGCAUCUAUGCAGCCCCAAGAGCAGCCCCGCGGGCGGCGACCUUGCGCGCCAGUGCACCGCGGCCUUGGAGAAAUUGGGCGCAGGGCGUUGUGGUGAGCGCGAAGAGGCAGCCAACAGGCUGGCGAACAUGGGCGCAAUCGCUGUGCCCCACGCCGCUGCCAUCGCCCUCGCGCUCGCCGAGGACGGCGAGUGGCGGGUCCGCCUCGCCUGUGCGAGGGCGCUGGGUAGCCUCGGCUCCGUGUCCGGAGUGGCCGGCAGCCACGGCGCCGCCGCGCUCGUGGCCGCGCUCGCCGACGGGAGCGACGAGGU